AAUUCCCUCGUUUCAGGGAAAAUUUAUUCGUGUCGAAUCAAGGUUAGAGUUUAACGAUUCUGGAAAACACAAUGAUAAGAAUUUUGUGAUAAUAAAUCAAUUGUUUGUGGUUGUUUUUUCAAAGAACGGAUAUUUUCCUGCCCCCCGAAAUGACGUCUCUCCGCUCACGGAUGCGUUACAUGAACCCUUACGACAUCCACAAGGCCAUUAUCAACGAAUACGUGCUAAAACAGCCCGGAGACACCAAAUUAUUACAACGUGAUGCGUCAAAAGACCGCACCGAUAUCGACGUCCUUAAAGCCAACCAUAGGUUCCUGUGGGACGACUCAAUCCCCGAUACAUGGGAAGCCCAAUUCGCCAAAAAAUAUUACGACAAGCUUUUCAAAGAGUAUUGCAUCGCAGACCUCACUUAUUACAAGGAAAAUAAGAUCGCCCUGCGGUGGCGCAUCGAACGCGAGGUGAUCGAAGGCAAGGGUCAGUUCACUUGUGGUAAUAAAAAGUGCCCCGAAAGGGAGAAUUUAAGAACGUGGGAGGUAAACUUUGCUUAUAAAGAACAAGGCGAGAAGAAGAAUGCUCUAGUGAAGAUUAGGCUGUGCCCCGAUUGUUCGCUUAAGUUGAACCACAAGAGUAAAAAACGCGAAGUUAAAAGACUGAAGAGUAAAAAGAAGAAGAAAGUGAAGAAACGGGAAAAGGGUGACGAAGAGGGAGGGGAAGAAGGGGGCACAAGUCAGCCGAAGUCAGAUUCGGAACCUGAGACAAGUGAGUCGCCUUGGGAUCAACACAAGCCGGAAGAAAUCAAGACACGGGAUGAAGAAAUGGAAGAUUAUCUUCAAGACUUGCUUUUGUAAAAACCAAUUGUUUGUCUGUAUUUAUUUGUAAAGUAAUUAAAUAAAUGAAAAUUUGAACA